CGCGCGCAUUAGGGUUUGGCUGGCGUCUGCGCGGGAUCGUCGGCGACAAAAGGUGGCUGGGCUUUGCCGUGUCUUCAUCACCAGAAUCUGUUUUGUUUGAUGCAGAGAAGUGGGCAUCAUGUCCAAGCGUGAAUCCUUCUUGCGGUCCGUAUGUACAGCUUCUGUGAAGGAAUUCCUGAAUUUUAUUGUGCUCCACAAAAAUAAUUCAGAUCCCUUUGACCUGAAUGAGUUGCUGCAGGAAUUCCCACGGAAACAAAAAGAACUGUUGUGGAAGCAGCUGAAGACUCUCUUGACUGAUGUUCUGAUAGCCAAUCCUGUGGAGAAUUGGCAGAAGUUUGAUGAAGACAGUGAUGAUGAAAUGGAAGUGGAGGGUGCCCUAGAUUUGAAGGAUGCUCUGUCUGUGAUUAGUGGUAUAACUGAAGUGGUUGCUGCCUCCAUAAAUGUAAUUGAUGAGAAUGUUGUUUACAGUGAUCUGCUGGAAAUUGCCAUUAUUCUGAAUGGCAUUAUGCCAGCAUUGCCAACACACCAAGGAGUGUUGAAAAUUACAAUCCAGCAUUUGUUUGAGGCUUGGUGGGAGAAAGGAUUGGAAGGGAAAGACGAACUGGGGAAAACAGUCUUCAUUAUGUUGUUGGAGAAAAGCUUGAUGGCAAAAUUCUCGAAUGCCGAUAUAGUUCGACUCUGGCAGUUCCAUCAAGCUUUGGAAAGUUUUGAGUUUAAUUCAGAGGCCAGUAAUGAAGUGAAGGAUGCUCUACUUCAGUGCUUCAUGAGUAUUGCCCACAUAAAAAAAGAAGAGGGAAGGCGUUUCCUAAGCUUUUUGUUCAGCUGGGAUGUGGAAUUCGUCAAAAUGAUCCACGGGACCAUUAAGAACCAGUUAACUUUCUUUCCUAAGUCCAUAAUGCCUUUUGUAGCUGAAGUAUACUUUAGAGCUUGGAAGAAGGCAUCUGGAUUGUUUCUAGAGACUAUUGAAAACUGCUGUAUCCAGGAUUUUAUGCAUCAUGGAGUUCAUCUUCCUCGGAAUUCUCCAGUUCAUUCUAAAGUGCGAGAGUUGCUAAGCUAUUUUCAUCAGCAAAAACUGCGCCAGGGAGUUGAUGAAAUGCUGCAUCGCCUGUACCAGCCUAUUCUGUGGCGGGGGCUCAAGGCCAGAAAUUCUGAAGUUCGAGCAAACACUGCAAUUCUCUUUGUUGAAGCAUUUCCAAUCCGAGACCCCACACUAACCAAUGAAGAUGUAGAUGUUGCAAUCCAAAAGCAAUUUGAGGAAAUUUUUAACCUUUUAGAGGAUCCUCAACCCCUUGUACGGUCCACGGGUGUUCUUGGUGUUUGCAGAAUUGCUGCAAAAUACUGGGAGAUGAUACCUCCUUCCAUCCUCACUGACCUCCUAACAAAAGUGCUCUGCGACCUUUCGGCUGAUACAAGCUCUGCUGAUGUCCGUUGUUCUGUUUUUAAGUGUUUACCAAUUACUUUGGACAACAGAAUGAGCCAUCCUUUGUUGGAGCAGAUUCUUCCUGGACUGAGAAACAGUCUCCAUGAUACCUCAGAAAAAGUACGAGUGGCUUUUGUUGAUAUGCUCCUUAAAGUUAAAGCUGUCAGAGCUGCAAAGUUUUGGAAAAUAUGCCCAAUGGAACAUCUUUUGGCCCGAUUGGAGCUUGAUUCUCGACCAGUGGCAAGGCGUAUUGUUAAUCUUUUAUUUAAUUCUUUUUUUCCUGUGAAUCAACCUGAUGAAAUAUGGUGUGAACGAUGUGUUACCCUGCUGCAAAUGAAUCCUAUGGCAGCAAGGAAGUUUUAUCAAUAUGCACAUGAGCACACUGCACCUACAAACAUUGCCAAGUUGAUGCUAGUGAUUCGCCGAUGUUUGAAUGCCUGUAUUCAAAGGGCAGCCCAUAAUGAAAGUGAUAUUGAUGAUGACGAACAUCAGAAGGAAAAUAUCAGUGUGCUGGAUACUGUGCUGUCAGUGAAUGAUGGUGCCACAAUGGCUAGCUUACUGGAAAUUAUUGUUAUUUUAUGGAAGAGCAUCCAAAAGGCACUGAAUGAAAAUGAAGAAGCUAAAAACUACACAAUUGCUAAGUUUGCAACUGUGCUGCCUGAAUAUUUAAAAAUUUUAACGGAUGACCGUUGUACUGUCCCCUUAAUAAUUCUGGCUUCAUUCAUGCCUGCAAAAGCAGUUCUCACCUUCAGUUGUGGUGUUCUCUCAAAGUUAAGAAAUUUGGAUAAAGACGCUGAUGAGAAUAAGUAUUCUUCAUUGAUAGACUGCCUAUGUCAGUGGGGACAAGUCGGACAUGUGGUUGAGCUGAUUACUGAUUGGCUGACAGAUGGGCUUCCUCAAAAGAGCAAAAAGAUACAACCACGUAAAGUUCGAAUCCAAGAAAUGGUACAACCGAAACUGGAGUUGGCAAUAAAAUUUUUAGAAUAUAUACUGACUAAUAUAAUGAGUCGAGAAUGCUUGUUGAAUUUGCCGCAAAGAAAAUUGACACAGCUUCUGAAGGCCUUGGCAGCUAUGAAGGAACUCCUGGUUUCCUUUCUGAAUACAUCAGAAAUGAUGCUUCAUGAUAUAAGUUUGGAUACAGCGGUCAGGGCUUUUAGUUUACAUUGUCGAUUAACUAUCCAUUUACACAACAAGAUCUCUGCAGAAGAUAGAAAUUAUCUUUUGAUUCUUGAAGAUAAUGCAAGCUGGAUUGAUGAGAAAGUAUUGCAGUUCAUGCAUAUUCCAGGAAAGGAGAUGGAGGUGUCAGAGCACCAAAGUCAGGUUGCAAAACAAGUGGUUGAUAUGUACCUCUCGGUCUGCAAGGAUAUUGUUAUGGUGGGUGCCUCUGACAGGAAAUUCCAGGCUCAAUUGCUGGGAUUUGCUGUUGCUGUGAUGAAUACAGAAAAAGGAAUCUUUAGUUUACCAUUAGUGAUAUCCAUUCUGAAAGAGAUUGCAGUGGACUGCCUAUCUCAGGACAUCUGCAACACCAGUGAUAACAGCAAAGAAAUACUCAACAUUAUCCAGAAAGUAUUCCAUAAAAUUCUUGAAAACCUGGCUCGGAGUUCAAAAAAAAACCAGGCAGAAGCUCUGCAGGUUUUGACAUCUAUUCAGUUGGUGCUUGGAGAAUUCAUCAGCACUGUUGAGAACUGGCAAGGUGUUCAUGAAGCACUCCAUCAAGAUAUGUUCUCAACACUUCUGGCUGCAAUGCUGGCAGAAACUGUUCAUGCUCUAAAAAAGAAAUCAGACACAGAUGACAUCACUCCACCAGAAGCCCCAAGUGAUCUGCCAGUACUUUCAAACUACUUGAUGGCUAUUGUGCUGAAGUAUCCCAGUGUAAUGAGGUCAUUUUUAAAUGAAUUAGCAGAAUGCAUCAAUUCUGAAGCCAUACAAGGAAUUGUGGAAUUGGUAGCUGCUCUCCAUUUUCUCCUCAUUCUUAAUAAAGGUAAAGUGCAUGUGAAAAGAGCUGCAAUCAAAGACAUGGCAGUAGCAAUUCACAGGAAGUUUCAGGCUUGUAGUGGAAAUGUAUCAGAGUUGAAUGACUUUGAAAGAGCCUUGUACUUGUCUUCAGACAGACAUCUGGAUGAUCUGCUACAGCUGUGAAAUAUUUUAAGUGCAUCUUCCCCAUCAGCAUAAAGGAAAAUAGAUGCAUUCAAAUGCCAAAACUCUUUGAUUUUGUAAGAUAUUAUAUAGCUCUGAUGAAAUUUGAAAUUAUGUUAUAUUAAAAAAAAUCUGUAACUUAUAUCUAUUAGAAUGAGUCAAAACUCAUGGUCUAAAAGGACAUGAUACAAUUUUUUUUGGAAGAAAAGCUUAUUUGCUGAAAUGCUGAAAAUGAAAUUUUCUACUUUAGUUUUGGAUUGCAUGUGUCCACCAGGAGAUGUCACUGAAACAUAUCUAAUAAUGUAGUGAGAACCAUUAUGAUUGUAUAUUAUACAAAAGAUGUGUUGGCCGAUGCUUGUGGUUUGUAAAUAAAUUGCUCUUUAUUUUUAUUGGAACUCAAUAAUACUGAAAUGGUAGUGUUCUAGAUAAAUAUUUCAUAGAUACUUUUAAAAACCAUUUCCUUUCAAAUAUAUGUACAUUGUAUCUAUGUAAGUGUCUAACUCAAGGUUGCUCACUAAUCUACUACUUCCCAGCUCUUUUUCUAUUUCUUGUCUCACAAUUUUCCAAACUCCAACUCCUAUUUCUUAUUUAUUUUAGAAGCACAAAUACUGAAUAUGCAAAGUUUUUCAAAGCUAUAACUAAAUGAUCUGUAGUGUUUUGACUGUUUCUGAGGAUUUAUCAACAGUGUCUGAUUAUUUAAAGCAUUGACAUUAAAAAAAUUAA